AUGGAUCCAACCACCCAAAAGAGCAUCAAAACACGCAUUUGCAUGAUCUCAGACACCCACACCAAAACACCACACCCGUCUCCCUGCACCGACAAGGCCUAUCGCCAUCCCCUCCCCAAAGCCGAUGUCCUGCUACAUGCCGGCGACCUCACCCAAAUCGGCCGUUUACCUGAACACGAACUCAUGGUGGGCAUGCUCAAGCAAGCAGACGCAGAACUAAAACUCGUCAUUGCCGGUAACCACGACAUCUCACUGGACAAAAAAUACUAUGCCCGCCGGGGCGCAGCGAGGCAUGGUUCGGCCAGAGUCGAAGAUCCAGAUGAGAUUAAGAGUUUGUAUACAAAUGACGAAGCUCGACAGGCAGGGAUCGUGUAUAUGGAAGAAGAAGUGAAAACCUUUGAGUUGAAGAACGGUGCGCGGUUUACCGUUUAUGCGUCACCCUAUACGCCAGAGUUUUGCGGGUGGGCGUUUGCGUAUGAACGGAAUGAAGAUCGAUUCAAUCUUCCUGAUUCUUCUUCUCCUCCUCAGCAGGUAGAAGGAGGAAAAAAGUUUCAAGCAUCGAACCCCGUCCCCUCGUUUCCAGAGGUUGAUAUCAUGCUGACCCACGGUCCGCCCCUGGGCAUUCUGGAUCAAGUGGUCUACGGCAAAAGAGUAGGCUGUGAGCACUUACUCAAAGCGUGUACGCGUGCAAGACCUCGUUUACAUGUGUUUGGCCAUAUCCACGAAGGCUUUGGCGCAGUGCGGCACAACUGGGUUACAAGCACGACAGAGACAAUACCACAAGACUCGGAAACGGUUCGGGAACAGAGGUCGUGUUAUUACAAUAUCGGAAAUGAUGGGGAGAAUCAGCCGUUGGUGUUUGGCGAGGAGACUUUGUUUGUCAAUGCGAGUGUGGUGACGGUGAGAUAUCAUGCGGAUAAUGCGCCGUGGGUUGUGGAUUUGGAUUUACCGGCUGUUUCUUGA